CUGACACGUGCAUAAAGAAGUGCUACAUGUACUACGCUCACAUACCUCUAAACCGAUGUGGGACUGUUCCGAUUUAUUUAUGACGCAAAGCAAAUUUUCUCACUGAGACAAAGCCAUUGUUAUCGAGUCAAGCUUUUACCAAGCUCAACCAUUCAGCAUUCGCAAUGAUCUUACCUUCGAACUUGCAAUGUUCCAAACCUAUAAUCUUCGGGAAUCCGAUUCUCCACCACGGAUUCAUCGAUAAAAAACUUUCCUUUCGCCGCCGGUACACUCUCCGACUAGCUUCGCCGAUUUCGCGAUUCGCGAAGGGUUCAGACUCAAUCGCGUCUUCUUCUCCUUCUCCAUUGUACACAAAUCCGCAGGAGCCAUCGAUCUCUCCCCAAUUAACGUCGUCCGUGGGACAGCCUCCUCUCCAACUCUCUCAAUGGACAUUCACACAGAAGCACUUCGUCUUGCUCAAUGUCGUCGCUUGCAUAACAGCAAUUUCAGCAUCGUGGCUCUUCUUUGCUGCGAUCCCUACUCUUCUGGCUUUCAAGAAAGCAGCUGAGUCUCUUGAAAAGCUUCUGGAUGUAACUAGAGAAGAGCUACCAGAUACAAUGGCUGCUGUUCGCUUAUCGGGCAUGGAGAUCAGUGACUUAACGAUGGAGCUCAGUGAUUUAGGCCAAGGCAUCACUCAAGGUGUUAAAAGCUCGACACGAGCUAUUCGCGUAGCUGAAGAUAGACUAAGACGGUUAACAAACAUGAAUCCAGUAGCUUCAAUGCAGGAGGUGAUUCAUCAAACCAAGAAAGAGGAAAAAGAACCAAUGGUGGCUAAAAAGGCGAGGAGGUUCAAGGAAGGGAUCGUUAAAGGACGUUCGUUAUGGCAAUUGUUCUUCACAGUCACUCAUUUCUCGAAAACCACCACAAGUUAUCUUGCAAAGCGAGCUAAGAAGUAGAAGCCUAGAAGGUGAUCAUCACUCAGAUCCCACUUUUCACUUGCCCUUUUUUCAGAAUUCGAGUCUAGCUUGAGUCUUACUAGUUUAAGAAUCUAUUUUGUAGAUAUGGAAUUGUAAUACUGAUACCAUUAUUCUUGAGAAGCAAAGCAAGUUUCGUUUA